AUGCGGGCGCGCGCCGCGGCCCCGGAGUCGGCGGCGGCCGGAGCGGGGAGCGGAGCCCGCACCGCGGCCCCGGGAGCCGCAUCCCCGGGAGCCCCGCAGCGCGGGCGAGAGGAGCGGGGAAAGCCCCCCAAAAACCCCGGCGAUUCUCUGGCUGGAGUUCGGCUCCGCAUCCCCGGCUCCGCAUCCCCGGCUCCAUCCCCGGCUCCACAUCCCCGGCUCCAUCCCCGGCCCCGUCCCCGGCGCUGCGGGCUCAGCAUGGGCGGAGGAGCCCCGCGCCUGCACCGGCGGCUGCUGCUGCUGCUGGGGCUGUGCAGCUGGACGGCCGCGCUGCGAGGAAAUGAGAACAGCGAGGCCCUGCCCGAGUCCAUCCCCUCGGCCCCGGGGACCCUGCCCCAUUUCCUGGAGGAGCCGGACGAUUCCUACAUCAUCAAGAGCAACCCCAUCGUGCUGCGCUGCCGGGCCGUGCCCGCCAUGCAGAUCUUCUUCAAGUGCAACGGGGACUGGGUGCACCAGAACGAGCACGUGUCCCUCGAGAGCCUGGAUGAGGCCACAGGGCUGAAGGUGCGCGAGGUUUCCAUCAACGUCACGAGGCAGCAGGUGGAGGAUUUCCACGGCCCCGAGGAUUACUGGUGCCAGUGCGUGGCCUGGAGCCACCUGGGCACCUCCAAGAGCAGGAAGGCGUCGGUGCGCAUCGCUUAUCUACGGAAGAACUUUGAGCAAGACCCCCAGGGCAAGGAGGUUCCCAUCGAGGGGAUGAUUGUCCUGCACUGCCGGCCCCCCGAGGGCGUCCCUGCGGCCGAGGUGGAGUGGCUGAAGAAUGAGGAGCCCAUCGAUUCCAACCUGGACGAGAACAUCGACACCAGGGCCGACCACAACCUCAUCAUCCGCCAGGCGCGCCUGUCCGACUCGGGCAACUACACCUGCAUGGCUGCCAACAUCGUGGCCAAGAGGAGGAGCCUGUCAGCCACCGUGGUGGUCUAUGUGAACGGGGGCUGGUCCUCGUGGACGGAGUGGUCCAGCUGCAACGCGCGCUGCGGCCGGGGCUGGCAGAAACGCUCGCGCACCUGCACCAACCCCGCGCCCCUCAACGGGGGAGCCUUCUGCGAGGGCAUGUCCGUGCAGAAAAUCACCUGCACCUCCCUCUGCCCCGUGGACGGCAGCUGGGAGGUGUGGAGCGAGUGGUCAGUGUGCAGCCCCGAGUGCGAGCACCUGCGGGUGCGGGAAUGCGCCGCGCCAGCCCCGCGCAACGGCGGCAAGCACUGCGAGGGCCUGAGCCAGGAGUCCGAGAACUGCACCGAGGGGCUCUGCAUCCAAGAUGUGGAGCGCGGCGGGGCCAUCGCGCUGUACUCGGGGCUGGCGGCGGCGGUGCUGGCGGUGGCCGUGCUGGCGCUGGGGGUGACCCUGUACCGGCGCAGUCAGAGUGAGUACGGCGUGGAUGUCAUUGAUUCCUCUGCACUCACGGGAGGCUUCCAGACUUUUAAUUUUAAAACAGUCAGACAAGGUAACUCCCUGCUCCUGAACUCGUCCCUGCAGCCCGAGCUGACGGUCAGCAGGACCUACAGCGGCCCCAUCUGCCUGCAGGACCCCCUGGACAAGGAGCUGAUGACGGAGUCGUCCCUGUUCAACCCCCUGGCCGACAUCAAGGUCAAGGUGCAGAGCUCCUUCAUGGUGUCCCUGGGCGUCACCGACAGGGCCGAGUACCACGGCAAGGCCCACCCCGGGACCUUCCCCCACGGCAACCCCAGGCCCUUUGGGACAAUCCAGGCCAGGAACAAGGCCAUGUUCAUCCAGAACCUGGCCUCCAUCUCCAGCAGCAGCGAGCUGAGGAGCUCGGCCCUGUUCGGGCACCUGGGGGGCCGCCUGGUGGUCCCAAACACAGGGGUCAGCCUGUUGAUUCCACAUGGAGCUAUUCCAGAGGAGAGUUCCUGGGAAAUCUACCUGGCCAUCACCCAGCAGGAGUCCAGCCUGGAGCCGGAGGGCCCCGAGGUGCUGCUGGGGCCCGAGGUGAGCUGCGGGCCCCCCGAGCUGGCUGUGAGCACCCCGUGUGCCCUGAGCAUCCCACACUGCGCCCACGCCGACCCCCAGCACUGGAGCAUCCACCUCAAACGCAGGACGCAGCAGGGGAAGUGGGAGGAAGUGAUGUCUGUGGAAGAGGAAACUACUUCUUGCUACUGCCUGUUGGAUCCUUAUGCCUGUCACAUUCUCUUAAACAGCUUUGGAACUUAUGCCCUAAUUGGGGAACCCAUCUCUGACUGCGCCGUUCGACAGCUGAAAGUCGCCGUUUUUGGCUGCCUGUCUUGCAAUUCUCUGGAUUACAAUCUGAGGGUUUAUUGUGUGGAUAACACCCCUUGUGCAUUCCAGGAAGUGGUUUCGGAUGAAAGACUCCAAGGGGGGCAAUUGCUGGAGGAACCCAAACUUUUGCAUUUUAAAGGCAACACCUGCAGCCUGCAGAUCUCAGUGCUGGACGUCCCUCCCUUCCUGUGGAGAAUCAAACCCUUCACUGCCUGUCAGGAGGUGCCGUUCUCCCGCGUGUGGCGCGGCAGCCCCCGGCCCCUGCUCGGCGCCUUCUCCCUGGAGCGCUUCAGCCCCGCCACCAGCCAGCUGUGCUGCACGGUGUGUGUCCGGCAGCUGCAGGGCCACGAGCAGCUCCUGCACGUCCAGACCUCCGUCCUCGAGGCCGAGAGAGAAAACAUCACCUUCUUUGGGCACGAGGACAGCGCCUUCCCUGCCCAGCUGGGCCCCAAGGCGUUCAAGAUCCCGCGCUCCAUCCGGGAGCGCAUCUGCGCCACCUUCGACACGCCCGGCGCCAAGGGCAAGGACUGGCAGCUGCUGGCCCAGAAGAACAGCAUCAGCAGGAAUCUCUCCUUCUUCGCCGCCCAGAGCAGCCCCUCCGCCGUCAUCCUGGACCUGUGGGAGGCGCGGCACCAGCACGACGGGGACCUGGACUCGCUGGCCUGUGCCCUGGAGGAGAUUGGAAGGACACACUCCAAGCUCUCAGACGUGGCAGAGCCCGAGCUGGAGGAGCCCGAGUUCCCCGGCAGCAGGAACGGGCUCUAGCCCCCCUGCCCCGCCAGGACGCGCGGCCAGCUGACCCCGAGCCUGGGCCGGGGGACUGCGGGGGUCGUGCCCGUGGGGAUGGAACUCACCCCACACCAGUGGCAGUGGGAGGAGCAGAAGCAGCCCUGCUAAAAACCCUCAGGCCAUGAGGAAAUCAAGCUUCUCCCUGUCCUCCUCCACUUAAAAUCCACCUUUUGGUGCCCCAAACAAACCUGCACUUGUGCCAGUCCCGGGGCAGGAGGGAGAGAGACACAGAGCCAUAAGAGGUAAAUGUUGUUGUGUGUUUAGGAACAGUCAUGUUCAUGUAAUGCCUAGUGAAAAUCAACAAAUAAUGUUGGAUAUUCCGAGCCACCGGAGGUUAGGCCUGGUUAAAAGGUUUCUCACUUCGAGAGUGGUUUAAAAUCCCAUCACGUUGUCACUUUAUGUCUGCUACAGGAAAAAACUAAAAAUUUGGCCUUAUCCUGUUCAGAUGUUUGAGGAAUUAGAAGAUCUCAUCAUUAUUUCAUAUCAUGUGUAUUCCAAAUAAUUUGUUGUGAAAAUUCAGCCCCUUAAUGAAUGUACAUUUGCUGCAGAGCUUUGCUGCCUGCUCUGUCACCAAAAUUCCAGAACAAUCCCCUUUUCUCUGAGACUGGGGGGUGUGCACACGCAAGAGGAAUUUUCUAAUUUUCUACGUCUGCAAACUUUCUUAGUCAAAAACUGUCUUUGGGGGUGGAUUUAAAUAACCAAAUAACACACGGGAAAUUUCCAGCCCGAUUUUAGCAAGUUGAGACAUUUAUUUUUAUUACUUCUGGCUCUGUGGCUGAGCUGAAGGUGAAGGCAAUCAGCACAGCUUCAUUUUGGUUUGGCUUCAGAUUGAAACCACAAACCCACACGGCACUGCCAACACUGGCCUUGAUUUUGUUGCACAAUUUGGGAAUUUCACAGGAUGCAGAGCUUGGCUGGGUUACCUCGGUUUCGUUACAAAUCGCAUUUACCCCCAAAAUGGGAAUCAAACCGGAGAAUUCGCCUCGUUUUUUACCCAUUCCAUAUGAUUUAUACCAUUCCAAAUAUGAUUUAUGUCUUCAACCAAACCAAAAAGAGCUGUCACUGUGAGCGAGGGCCUGGUGGAGCUGGUAUGGAGCCAAAUUUCAGCAUUAUUUUGAUCGUUCUUUUCACUCCCAUCCUUCACCGUAGCCGAGGUGCUCCCCAGUCCGUGUGGCUGCCGGGGCACAGUCAGGAAAAACAGGAACAGAAAUGAGGCUUUGGGAGCUUUGUGGAAAUGCAGGAAAGCCAAAACAAGGAUUUGGGGGCUGUUUUAGGCUCGUGUUUGGCUGAGAGCAGCACGACAGCCCCCAGGGCAGGUCCGGUCUGGAACUAUUCCCUCACCCAGUGAAGUGUGAAAAUCUCAACAACAACAACAACAACAACAACUCUGUCCUUGCUCCUGCUGCUCCGAAAUCCGCUGCCUGCCCAGCUCAGGAAUAGGCUGAGACUUGGAAACCCUGAGACUUGGAAAUGCUGAGACCUGUGCAAACAUUUCCUGCAGCUCAGCAUCUCCUGCAGCCUGGCAGGAGGCUCCUGGUGCAGGGGCUCCAGCAGAUUUAGGGGCAGACAGAAAUACCGGCUGCAAGCUGUCACUGCUUUUAGCAGCACAUGCUCCUCGCGGGGCUGGAAUGAUAUCUCCAGUGACUGCCAGUCCUCCUCCUCAGAAACCUGUUCUUCGUUGGACAAAAUGUCAGGCAUUACAAAAACAAAACAAGGGAUGGCAUCCAGGGAACCAGCGCAGAGCUGCCGUUGUCGGGGAAACCAGCCCCAGUCUGUCUCCUGCAGGGAAUUUGUUCUCAGAGCAGCUCUGCUGUGGAGCAGGCUGGGUUUGUGUCCCCCA